AUGCAAAUUGUUUUAAAGGGAUGGGGUGUGGGUAAUGUUUCAUCGUUUCAGCAACAUUGCUUGCUACAGAUGUUAAAUAGUGUUGCUAGCCUGCGGGAAUAUUUUGCUCAAACUGAUGAAAGGAUUGCUCCACCUAGAAUUCCUGUUAUGGUUAAUAUGGCAUCGUGUUCUGUCCCUACAAAAAAGUCACAAAAGAUCAAUUUGACAUCUGUUCAUAAUCGAAGUCAAUCUCUUGAUAAUGCUGCGAAAAUGAUAGAUGAAUACUCAGAUGAAGAUGAAGAUUUCCAAAUCCCUGAUGAAGAGGCGUAUACCAUUGAGCAGGAGACCAAACGCACCGCCUUUGAAGAAGAACCUGUUGUUGAAAUUGAUUUAUCUCUUCUUUCAGGUAAUCUUGGCGAGAUGAUAACGAAAAUAGCCAUGAUUGUUGGAGAAUUUCUGAUGGAAACAAUUUUAAACUCAGUAGAAAGCGCUUUUGCUAUGAUAAGUCAAAGGAAAAGAAGCGGCAAAGGUGGAGAAACUCCGCCAUAA